UGCUGCUGCUGGGCAAUGUCAGUGUGUCGCGUUGCCGAUCGUGCGCGCCUUUCUGUCCCUUCGGCGCGCAAGCCAACGAGAUUGGCCAGGGAACUGGCGCCCGAGUACGCUUUGCAAUGGCGACCCGUGACUUUGCAAUUCGGGCGCGACUGGCACGCGCUGAGUCUCUCAAACGGUGCCGUUUGUCUUUGCUGUCCGGCUACUCCGUCUGGCUCUGUGCGCACGCGAAAAAUCAUCGUUGUCCGCCGAGGAGCGACGGACGCAACAGCAGGAAGACGAUACCGAUCGAUGCCCGACAGCGCCGGCAUAGUCUGCGGAGCUUCCUUUCGCAAUGUCGCGGUCGCUUGCCACGGCCAACGAGCGAGCUAUCGUCUCUCGUUCAAGACGACAGACGCAGCAGAGUCGCAGCCAAAAGCCGUGAGAAUGUCGGACGCGCCGGGACCAGCAAAGGCGGACGAAGCACUCGACGAGUCGCUGUGGUUCAGCCCGCUCGAUUUAGUCAUUGGCCUUGUCAUUCUUCUUGUAAUCUGGUGGUGUUUCAAGAAAUACAGACAGGAAGAGUACACGUCUGCAACUAGAUCGUACACCAUUCAACCAACGUCAUACGCAGCGGUAACACCGUCGGAGAACUCAUUUAUCAAGAAGCUUCAGCAAUCCGGACGAAGUCUUAUUGUAUUCUAUGGCAGCCAGACAGGAACAGCCGAGGAGUUUGCCGGCCGACUUGCCAAAGAAGGUAUUCGUUACAAGCUCAAGGGUAUGGUCGCCGACCCCGAGGAAUGCGAUAUGAAAGAGCUCAUCAAUCUCAAGAACAUCCAAAACAGUUUGGCAGUGUUUUGUUUGGCAACCUACGGAGAAGGCGAUCCCACCGACAACGCCAUGGAGUUUGUCGAUUGGCUCAAGAAUGACGAUGCUGAUCUUAACGGCUUGAACUAUGCUGUGUUUGGCCUUGGAAACAAAACUUACGAGCAUUACAAUGAAGUUGCCCUAUAUGUCGAUCAUAGAUUAGAACAACUUGGUGCUAAUCGUGUUGUUGAAUGUGGUCUUGGAGAUGAUGAUGCUAACAUUGAAGAUGAUUUUAUCACUUGGAAAGACAAAUUUUGGCCAUCGGUUUGCGAGUACUUUAACAUUGAAGGUUCUGGAGAGGAUGUCAGCAUACGUCAAUAUAAACUUACUGAACAUAAUGACAUGCCAGCAGAUAAAGUUUACACUGGAGAGAUUGCUAGACUCCAUUCCUUCCAUAAUCAAAGAGCGCCUUAUGACGCUAAAAAUCCUUACUUAGCUCCUGUCAAAGAGAACAGAGAAUUGCAUGGCCCUACAUCAGAAAGAUCAUGUAUGCACAUUGAGUUCAACAUUGAAGGAUCAAAGAUGCGUUAUGAAGCUGGUGAUCAUUUGGCCGUUUAUCCAGUUAACAGUGCCGAGCUUGUCAACAAGAUCGGUGAAAAAUGUGGUGUUAACUUAGAUACUGUCAUCACCUUGACCAACACUGAUGAGGAAUCUACUAAGAAGCAUCCAUUCCCUUGCCCAUGUACAUACCGUACUGCCUUAACGCAUUACUUAGAUAUUACAAGUAAUCCUCGCACUCACGUCCUCAAGGAAUUAGCUGAAUACUGUAGUGACUCGGCUGAUAAAGAAAAAUUAAAGAAUAUGUCGUGUUCCAGUGCUGAAGGCAAAGCUCUAUUCCAUCAAUGGGUUACUCAAGAAAAUAGGAAUAUUGUACAUAUUUUGGAAGACAUUCCAAGUUUGAAGCCUGCUUUAGACCAUUUAUGUGAGCUGUUGCCUAGAUUGCAGUGCCGUUACUAUUCAAUUUCUUCAUCUCCUAAGUUGCAUCCUAAUGAAAUUCAUAUUACUGCUGUGGUGGUAGAGUACAAAACUCCAACUGGAAGAAUUAACAAAGGUGUUACCACUACUUGGCUAAAGGAGAAGCAUCCGUCUGAUCCUCCAUGCUUAGUGCCGAUUUUCGUUCGAAAGUCGCAGUUCCGCUUGCCAUCGCGUACUACAACACCUGUAGUGAUGGUUGGUCCCGGUACUGGUAUUGCUCCAUUUAGAGCAUUCAUUCAAGAACGCGAUGUCGCUAAAAAAGAAGAAGUUGGCGAUACAAUUCUUUACUUUGGCUGCCGUAAACGUGAAGAAGAUUUCCUUUACAAAGAAGAGUUGCAGCAAUAUGUAGAUAGUGGAACUUUAACUUUGCAUACUGCUUUCAGUCGAGAACAGGAUAAAAAGGUUUACGUGACGCAUUUGCUUGAAAAAAAUAGUGAUGAAUUAUGGAGCGUGAUUGGAGAAAGGAACGGACAUAUUUACGUAUGCGGUGAUGCGCGUAAUAUGGCGCGAGAUGUGCAUAACAUUCUUCUGAAAGUAGUAAUGGAAAAAGGGAACAUGAGUGAGUUACAGGCGGCUGACUACAUAAAGAAGAUGGAUUCGCAGAAGCGCUACUCCAGUGAUGUAUGGAGUUGAAUGGUUUGCUUAUCAAAAAGUGUAGAAUGUGUUGGAAAUGUCAUUGUGAAGGGACAAUGUUGUUACAAUUUUCGCGAGUGUCUGAGACAAUAUGUUAUUCCUCGCAACUCUUUUUAUAUAAAUAUUUCUAUAAAUAUAUAUCUUUAUAUUUAAGAACGAAUAUAUCUAUAUACGUGGAUGUUUAAACAGUACACCAUAGACUUUUUAGAUAGUCUAUUCAAUGUACUGGUAACUGGAAGACCUUGGUGGCCAAACACGUUGUGAUAAUGUUGCGCAAAUCUUGUUAGAUAAUUGAAUAUUUUAUUAAUUAAUUUAACGCAAACUAUUCACGCGAUGAUAGAACAAAAAAUUUAUAGUAUAUCAAAAAAGAAACAUAGAUUAAUCAUAUCAUUCAAUUGUAUUUUUUACGAAAUGUUUGAAUGUAUCGGUUACUAAUAUAGGAAAACUAGGACAAAUGGAGAAAAAUAUGCUGCAAAGUGUGGCGUAUAUUUCGAGUUGAUUAAUUGCAAUUUUUAGGAAAAUUAUUUUGAGCUAGUAAUUUAUACUUUUUACGUUAAUUAAGUAUAAAAUUAUUAUGUAGGCGUAUAUCGUGUACAUUUCUAAUAAGACAAAUUUGUACAGAUAACUUUUUUAGACUGCGGGAAAAAGUUAUUUUAUUAUACAAAAGUUUGUUAGUGCGUGCGGUUGUUCACUUCAUUUAUUAUAAAU